AUGAACUAUAUACGACCCUCUCGUCGUGAUGAGUUCGAGAUUGCGAUAGUUUGCGCACUGGCACUCGAAUACGAUGGUGUUUCUCUCCUCUUCGACGAAUUUUGGGAUGAAGAUGGAGACUCGUAUGGACGGGCCGUUGGGGACCUCAACACCUAUACAACUGGUCGUAUUGGCAAAUUCAAUGUCGUAUUGGCGCUCCUUCCCAAUAUCGGUAAAGCCAACACAGCGAGCGCAGUUGCCGGUCUGCGCUCGAGCUAUGGCUCCUUACAACUUGUUCUGCUUGUCGGCAUCUGUGGUGGAGUGCCUCGACUGGACCAGAACGAGAUUUUGCUCGGCGAUGUGGUUAUCAGCAAGACUGUAGUUCAAUACGACUUUCUCAAGCAGUAUACAGACGAUAUUGUACGUAAAAACACCUUGGACGAUAACCUUGGCAAACCAGUGAAGGAUAUCCGAAACCUACUAGUCACACUAGAGACUGAGCUUGGCUUGGAACGAUUACAUGAAAGAACCGCCUACUUCUUAAGACAGAUCCAAAAGAAUCGUCAAAACUACAAUUAUCCUGGCACAGCUGAGGACAAGCUGUUUGAGUCAACUUAUCGCCACAAACAUCGUGCUUCACGCAUAUGCAUCUGUGGUAAGAGCGGCCAAUUGGAGGUUUGCGACCCGGCUCGAGACUCAUAUUGCCAUGAAUUAAAAUGUGAAGACAGAUAUCUCGUGGUUAGAGCCCGGCUUGAUCAGAAACGACAGCUAGAGAAUACCAAUGAUGCCAGAGCUCAGGAGCCGGUCAUUCAUUUCGGGGCCAUCGCAUCAGGCGAUACAGUGAUGAAUUCCGGUGCACAUCGGGAUGAAAUAUCAAGAGAACAAAACGUCAUUGCUUUCGAAACUGAGGGCGCUGGCGCUUGGGAGGAACUGCCUUGUAUCAUCGUUAAAGGGGUUUGCAAUUAUGCAGAUUGUCAUAAAAGCGACAAAUGGCAACGAUUUGCGGCUGCGACAUCAGCUUCUGCGGCUAAGGCUAUGCUAGAACGGUAUUGUAAGACAGACAAACCGUCGCAGGCCAUCUCAGGUGGUUAG